CCCACGACUACGCCUCGAAAUCCGAUCCAUCAGAGCUCGUUGGCAGGCUCUUUCCUCUCAGAGCCGCACCAGGAUGGGUGCUCUCCCGGCGGGCAGGACACUAUGGAUGUGUCUUUACAUCUGCAUUGGAAUAACGGGAGUAUGCGCUCAUCGUUUGGUUACAGGUUCUAACGUCUGCACCUCCAGAGGGGCCAGCACAUGCAAGCAGUGUCUGGCUGUUCACCCCAGCUGUGCGUGGUGCUUACAGGAGGACUUCGGCCAGGGGUUUGCCAGAUCUUCCCGGUGUGACCUGAAGAGUAACCUGGUGGCAGCAGGCUGUGCUACGUCUUCUCUGGAGUCUCCAAUCAGCAAAAUGCAGGUGAUUGAGGACCGGCCCCUCAGCAACAAGGCAGCAGGGGCCACGCAAGAUAUCACACAGAUUAAACCACAGAGACUACAAAUCACCCUCAGGCCAGAUGAUGCUAAGCGCUUCACAGUGAAGGUGCGUCAGGUAGAGGACUACCCUGUGGAUCUCUACUACCUCAUGGAUCUCUCUUACUCCAUGAACGAUGACCUCUUCCGCCUGAGGACUUUGGGAAAAGGCCUGGCCGAGGCCAUGAACCGCACCACCAGCAACCUCCGCAUGGGCUUUGGGGCUUUUGUGGACAAGCCGCUCUCGCCUUACAUGUACAUCUCCCCCAAAGAGGCUGUGAAGAACCCCUGCUACAGCAUUAACACCACCUGCCUGCCACAGUUUGGCUACAAACACGUUCUGUCCCUGACGGAGGAGGUGGGCCGCUUCACGGAGGAAGUGAAGAAGCAGAUGGUGUCCAGGAACCGAGAUGCCCCCGAGGGAGGCUUCGAUGCCAUCGUCCAGGCUGCCGUAUGCAAGGAGCGGAUCGGUUGGCGUCCCGGUGCUUCCCACCUUCUGAUCUUCACCUCAGACGCUAAGACUCACAUGGCUCUGGAUGGUCGUCUGGCUGGAAUCGUGCAGCCAAACGACGGAAAGUGCCACCUCAACUCUGACAAUAUGUACAGCAUGUCUACCACCAUGGAUUACCCUUCUCUAGCUCUGAUCACAGAGAAGACGUCGGAGAACAACAUCAAUCUCAUCUUUGCCGUCACCAACCCUGUGGUUCCUCUGUACCAGAACUACAGUGAGCUGAUUCCUGGCACCACAGUAGGAACACUGUCGAACGACUCGGGCAACGUUAUUCAGCUCAUUCUGAAAGCCUACGCUAAAAUCCGGUCCAGGGUGGAGCUGGAGCUUCAAGGCGUCCCGGAGGAGCUGUCCCUGUCAUUCAAUGCCACCUGUCUGAAUGGAGAGCUCAUCCCUGGCCUCAAAUCCUGCUCUGGGCUCAAGAUAGGGGAUACGGUGUCUUUCAGUGUUGAAGCCAGAGCUCGUGGUUGCCCCAAACAGAAGAAGAAGACCUUCAUCAUUAAGCCUGUGGGCUUCAAGGACUCUCUCUCCAUCACCGUCAACUUUGAGUGCGACUGCAAGUGCCAGAACAAGGCCCAGCCCAACAGCCCCAAAUGCAACCAUGGCAACGGCACCUUCGAGUGCGGCAUCUGCCAGUGCCACCCGGGCCGCUUGGGGCCGCACUGCGAGUGUGCCGAGGGGGACUAUAACCCCACGGAGCAGGACCGCUGCAGCGGGCCCGCGGGCUCCGGAGGACCCCAGUCUGCCAUCUGCAGUGGCCGGGGGGACUGUGUGUGCGGACAGUGUGUGUGUCACAACAGCGACUUUGGAAAGGUCUGGGGAAAGCUGUGUGAGUGUGACGACUUCAACUGCCUGCGCUACAAGGGGGAUCUGUGCUCAGGCCAUGGCGUCUGUAACUGUGGUUUCUGCCAGUGUGACCCAGACUGGCAGGGUGAGAACUGUAACUGCUCCAGACGUACUGACACCUGUAUGUCCAACGUGGGCUUGCUGUGCAAUGGGAGGGGUCACUGUGAGUGUGGGGCCUGUGAGUGCACCCAGCCAGGGGCCUACGGGGCCACGUGUGACAAGUGCCCCACCUGCCCCGACGCCUGCACCAUGAAGAAGGAGUGUGUGGAGUGCAAACACUUUAAGAGGGGCAAGCUGUUCGACGACAACACCUGCUCUCGAAUCUGCAAGGAUGAGAUUGUGCUUGUGGAUGAAAUAGUGCUUCAUGAUACAAAUGCUGUGAACUGCACUUACAAAGAUGAGGAUGACUGUGUGGAGCGUUUCCAGUACUAUGAGGACUCCAGCGGCAAGUCCAUCUUGUUUGUCGUCAAAGAGCCAGACUGCCCCAAGGGUCCAGACAUUUUAGUGGUGCUUCUGUCGGUGGCAGGAGCUAUCUUGUUCCUCGGCUUGGCGGCUCUACUCAUCUGGAAACUGCUGGUCACCAUUCACGACAGACGGGAGUUUGCAAAAUUUGAGGAAGAACGCGCUCAUGCCAAGUGGGACACGGGACACAAUCCUCUCUACAAAGGAGCCACAUCUACCUUUACAAACAUUACAUACAGAGGAAAAGACUGAUGCUACUGAACUCAACACGGAUGAAGAAUAAUGGACUUUUAUCUUUUUUUUUGGGAAGGCAGCGAAUCAUGUGCAGGCCUCUACUGUCACAAGUCAAUAAUGAAUAAUUAUUUGUGUUUGUAAAUAUGUAUAAAUGAUUUCUGAGGACACAUUUUAUCAGGGAUUUGUCAUAAACAGCCACCUAUACUACACUGAUAAAUGAGAUAAUGCUUUGAUUUUUUUGGGUCGACAAAGAAGUCUUGUGUUGUGCAGGUUUUAACUAAAUCACAAAAAUAUAUUUACAUACUUACACCCACACAUAGUAUCCUGCCGUGUGCAGCAAAUAUUUUCAUUUGCCUAUAUAUUGAGAUAAACAUGGUGCCCCAAAGUUUGGAAAAUGUUUUUUUAAUGGUUUUCCAUUUUCUUUCUUUUCUUCAUUGGUGAAAAGUAGUUUUAAAUAGAAAACAUUAGCGAAAUGAUCUGUAGAUUAUUCUGAAUAUCUGGCUCAGGAGAUAAAACCACAACUAUGUACAUGACUGGAUACCACUGAGGUUUAGUGGGAAACAUACUUUUUAAGAGAUGGACAUGUCAGCUGAUCACUUGGAAACCAGUGGAAAACAAUAAGGGCAGAUAAUAAUCUAAAAAAACUUCUGAUCAUAACUUUGGAUUUCCCAUUUGUCCCAACAGUGGAACGAUGGCAACAUUUUCAAUGGUCUUUAAUCAGUCAAGCCAUGCGGAGAUAUAUGUGGUCUGCAGUAAACUUUUAAUUGUCUGAAAACUGG